AUGCUCUCAAUAAUUACCCGCCAGACAAUAGGAGCUUACCAUAAUCUGGUCGUGAAGAUGCUUUGCUUUCGUUUCGGUUGUCUCUCCAAGCAAUCGGCCAUAAGCCAUCUGCCAGCUACGUGCAUGUUGGCGAACACAGGACAUGAGGGGUUGAAGGCAAACGCGAAUGCAACCGACUUCAAGCCAGUCUGGCUGGCUCAUCAGCUCAGUGGCCUUAUCAUCAAAGUCAGCCAGUUUCUGUUGGAUCUGAUUCAAGCUUGGGUGACGCUGCAUCCACUUCUCUGCCAAUGCCCUCUUCAGGUUUGA